AUGUCCAGAGUGUUAGCUAUACUCAGCUUAGUGAAUAUAUUCAUGUCGCUGGCAGUGUCAACAGAUAUAAAUGACAAUGAUCCAACGUGUACACGUAAAAAUGAUGAUAUAGUGUUUCGGGUUGUUAAUGGAAUACCUGCAAAAAUAGGCGAGAUCCCUUACCAGGUAUCGCUGAAAACUCCCAUAAGAAAGAACAAUUACAUGAGCUUUUGCGGCGGUUCUGUCAUCGCGGAGAACAAGGUUAUGUCAGCAGCACACUGUGUAACAACAGAUGGAAACACUUGCGAUCGAUUGCUUAGGAAGUAUAAAAUGAAAAGCUUAAUGAAGUUGUAUGUCGUGGCGGGGACCCUACGGAACAGAGCAAAAUACCAAGAUGACAAGGAUGGUACUGAGCAGUGGAGAAGAAUGAAAAGCGCUCAUGUACCCCGUGGUUACUGGUUUCCUAAAAACGACAUAUGCAUAAUAUUUACAGUUGCUCCUUUUGUAUUUAACCAAUAUGUAAAGCCUCUGCCCCUUGCCUCGCGUGAUAUGGAAUACGGAUCUAUGGAGUGCCUUGCAUCAGGCUGGGGAAAAAUAGGUAAAAAAGAUAAAGCCUCAGAUAUAUUAUUGUAUGCUAAACUACGCCUGAUACCUAGUUCCGCUUGUUCACGUAUACAUAGACAAAGAAUGGGCAAGUUCAUAUGCACUGAUUCGUACGUAACAGAUGUGUUACAGGGUGAUUCAGGAGGACCGCUAGUAUGCAGAGGUACGGGAGACGGGAAUGACAUAAAUAACGAGGGAGUAAUCGUCGGGGUGGUGAGCGGUGCCCGGAGGCAAAGGUGGUCGAAAACUUACGACUCAUUUUUUACAAGGGUCUCCAGUCACAGGAGAUUCAUGAGUGGAAACGAAGCAACGAUAACCACGUCUGUGUUGUAUAUUGUUUUACUGUCGCAAAUUAUACCUGUCGAACUUUAA